AUGACAGUCACAUUGGCAUUCAUGAUCUGUGGUGCCAACUCGGAUUUGUUCGGUCGCCGCUGGUUCAUCAUCUGCGGCAACAUCCUCCUAUUCAUCGGAUUCAUUGUCGGCGGGACUGCGAAGAACAACACCGCCAUCAUCGUUGCUUGCGCAUUUAUUGGAUUUGGUGCUGGUAAUGCUCAACUGGCUGCCUUUGCCCUCCCAGAGCUUCUACCAAAUAAAUGGAGACACUCUGCAAUUGUGUUCGCCGAUGUCGGUGUCUACUUCUCCGUCAUCGUUGGCCCAGUCGCUGGUCGCUUCGCCAUUCAGCAUGGAGACAACUGGCGAUGGCUAUUCUACGGACCUGCCAUUGUCAUUGUAUUUUCUUUUGUCGGACUAUACUUGUACUACCACCCGCCUCGACAUCCCCGCGGUCUCCCCACCAAGCAGGCAUUUCGCGAGCUCGACUAUGUCGGCGCAUUACUCUUCACUGUUGCCACUACGCUCAUCCUCACUGGAAUUGUAUACACUACCACGCUCAAGUCCUCCGACCCAAAGGUCAUUGGUACGCUAGUACCCGGGUUCGCCUUGAUGACCGCCUUCGCGUUGUGGGAGACGUUCGCCCCGCUGAAGCAACCACUAACACCGACUCGCAUCUUCACUCGAGACAAUGGCCGAGAGCUCACUGCGCCCUUCGUUGCCGGGUUUGUCGUCACGAUGUUUUAUUACUGCUUAAAUGUUGUGUACCCCACCAUGAUUGCUGUAUUCUUCACCAACGAAACUACCGACUUCAAGUAUGCGAUCGUCUUGACGCUUCCGCAGAACCUUGGCCUCACCUUUGGCGCUGUGCUUCUAACACUAUUCGGCACAAAGAUAGGGCACUGGCGAUGGACCCUGACAGGCUCGGUUACUAUUAUGGUUGUUUUCGGCGCCUUGCUUGCGUUGGGAACUCCUGAUCGCUUUGGCAUGGUGAUUGCCUUCAUCUUCAUCGCCGAGGUUGGCUUUGGCUGGGCUCAGUAUCUGAGCAUUGCCUUUAUCCAAUUUGGUACUGACCAAGUGGAGCUGGGAAUCUCUGGUGGUCUUGCGGGUGUGUCCCGUUUUGCAGGUGGCGCUAUCGCCAUCUCGGUAUACACCACCAUCUUGACCAAUGUCCAAUCUUCGUCAAUGCUCAAACUCGUCCCCGCUGCAGCUCUCAAGGCGGGUCUACCUGAGGACUCUAUUGAGAAGUUGCUUGCCGCCCUGCCAUUGGGCUCAGCUGCACUUCAACAAGUUCCUGGGAUCACGGCCGAUAUCAUGGGAGCCGCAGGUGCAGCUUUCCAGCAAAGCUAUGUCGUAGGCUUGCGAACAACUUGUCUUUCGUCUCUGUCUUUUGGUAUAAUCGGAAUCAUCGCAUGUCUCUGCUGCCAAGACAUUGAGCACAAGAUGAAUGACAAGAUUGAGAUCUUCCUGGAAAAUGACAAGCACGCGGACAUGAAUAAAUACCAUUAG